AUGGCCAUGGAGACUUCAGCCAGCGCGCUGAGUCAGUUCGUGAUCUUGGCGCAGACAGCCCAGGGUCGGGCUUUGGAGGCCCUGAUCGGGCAAGCACUCGAUCACUCCUCCGUGUUCGUUUUCGGUGAGCUCCUGGAUUGUCCCAACGUCAAGGCACUUCAGGGAACCGAGUUCCAACGCGCCCUGGAGCUGCUUCGCCUCUUCGCCUACGGCACUUACCCCGACUACAAGGCCCGGCAGAGCGAGCUCGGCGAGCUCACGGCAGCGCAGAAGCGAAAGCUGCAGCUGCUCACGCUGGUCACCAUGGCCACACGGGACAAGCUCAUCAAAUACUCUGACCUGGAGGCUGCCGUGGAUGUUUCCAGCACCCGUGAGCUCGAAGACCUGACGAUCGAGGCCGUGUACCAGAAUCUCUUGGUUGCGAAAAUGGACCAGGAUUUCCUGUUCGGCGGCUGGGAGUUUCAACGCAAGGCUGCAGUUGCCUUAGUUAUCUAUCGCAAGACACUUCAACGCCUGUUCGGCAGCGGCUACGAGCCCUAA